AUGCAACAUUUUUUUGUGAUUCGGUCCUCCUACGUGGCGUUAAUCUAUGCCAUCAUUGCGAGCACCGGCCUACUACUUGCUCUCUUUGUGGGACUGUGGAUGCACCCCGAUGAGUUGUUGGACACACACUGCAAGGUGACAGAGUAUUGGCCAAGUAUAAGCACUCUUACGGGAGACUUUCAACCAGAGCGGCAGAUCUGGCGCAUGGCGUUUGUUUUAUGUACACCGUUUCGUCUUGGUACAACAAUCUCAUUGUUUUUGGUCUUUUGGCAACGUUCCUAUGGACAUGUGAACAACAUAAGCGACAUGCUACACUCUCCUAUGACGUUGUUGAAGUCCUCAACGUUUUUGACGCUGCUGAUGCUUUUCUGUGAUAUUACUCGUCUCUUUGGUGCACUAACUUGGACCAUGAUUGCAUCCGUUGAGAACCUUAGUCGCCACAAUGUGGGGUUUGGCUUUUAUGUUUUUAUGGGAUUCAUCCUACAGCUGGUUAUUGAUGCCAUUGCGCGACGAAACAAGUACAACAGUCAAAUCUAUGCAUCAUUUUCUGACGCUGAUUUGUCGUCUCGUUUGAAGCGUGCGUUUCUUAUUGGACAAACGGUGAGUGCGCUUUCUCUCGUUGCCUUUUACAUUCGUCACGUCGCCACGUGUGCUCCUGGAGCGUACAGUCUGUCCACCAUGUCUGAGUGGUUUUUUGCAUUUUUUAACAUUUCUUUUGACGUCACUGCAUGGUUUGAGUUGAAAAAGACCACAUGGGUCCUCGGCGCGACUCCGGAGCAGUACGAGGCGCUCGCCACGAAACGCAAUCAAGAAAAAGCGAAGGAACAAAUUACAAGCGAUACACAUGAGGCGAAGGAGUCUCGCACUUCACCCGAUGUCGUAAUUUAUCCAGAGGGCGACAAGCCUGGGGAUAAUGUGGUGAUCCACGACUUCACAUUCUGUUGUGCCCCAUCAGUCACGACAAUGUGGCUAGUGGAUAUCUAUUGGGUCUAUCUAUUUUGGGAGAUGAUUGUCCACCUUGUGCAGCACACAUACUUUAUGCCUAUGGUGGCCAUGUCCAUUUCCUGGGAAUUGGUUGGGUUUGUUGCAUAUUGUUCACCAGUGCUGCUGAAAUUUGGGUCAUUCCGUCGAUUUGCAUUGGGUCAUGUCUCUUUUUUAAGCCCCCCGCAGGGAGGUACAAAAGAAGGUAAUCAGCGAGGAGUUCCAACAUAUCUGUUUUUUUACUUGAUCGCUGCCUUGUCCCAUGUUCAUGUUUACGUUAAAGAUAGUGAGCGACUGAAGCAGCUGAUGACUACGUUCGGACCAUUCUUCCUCUCAUUGGCUAUCUUCUCUCGUUACCUCUACCCAGCUGCUUCCGUCCGAGACACCAGUGAUGACAAUUGUCGUAUGUUGUAUUCGUUUCCACUGGGUCUUGUGGUGAGCAUGCUUGUUCGUGUUCUGUAUCUUUCACAAGAUCCUGUCUUUACGGAUGCCGUUUACGCUGGACUCUUUGGUAUUGUUCUUGGUAUCGCAUGCACGACCAUUCUCUAUCGGCAUGUGAUGUUUUCACCGGAGGAUCUUCACCUCAAAAGGUCUGAAGAAGCAUAUGCGAACAACAACGAUGAGCAAAGGCAUGUACACUUUGUUUGUACACGUCCGCCUAACAGCAUUGCAACGCUGGCAUUGGCCGCCGCGCCGUUUUCUCCUACCAUUAUGGGUCUGUUGUUUGGGUUUCUCACAAGUGUUUCGUUAACCUUCUUCUCAUGUGCCAAUUAUAUUCCACGACUUUUGGCAAUUGAUCCCUACCCAGCCAACUUGUUGGUUGUCGGUUGCUUUGUUUUGGGUUUGUACUACUCCCCGGAUAUUCUACCGAUUGUGUCACCUGGCCAACGCAAUUGUUUGCAAUGGGGUCGCUUGGGAUUUGGCCUUGUGGGAGGAUGCCUUACGAUGCUCCUUGGCACACGCCAGACAAAUCGCUCCUACGAACUUCCACAUGCACACUACCCAACAACAAUGGCAAGUUUGAAGGAAAACGUAGACAUUCGUUUCUGGGCGGUAGAAGAGGAUUUUUUUGGUAAUAAAUACGUUGCCUUUUUUGGUGGACUUGUUAUGACGUUCUGCGUUGGCGUAUUGUAUCCGCUCGCCAUUGAGCUUGUCUUUGCGCAUCAGAGAGUACGCCGUCUUUCAAACGUUGCUUCAGACAAACCGGACAAUGCAUAUGACUCUCAGACCCAUCCCCAGUUGCAUGUGACAUUGUUUGAAUUGGUAUGGGCGGUGACAAACAUUUUUUUUCUAUUUCUCUUUGCCCUAUGUAUUUCGUAUCCAUUUGUUCCCAUGGCAUGGCUUGUGCGUGAGCGUUCCGUCUCCAUACACCUUGUCGUUGUGUCUGGUGUGUUUCUUCUUGCGUGGUAUUUGUCCCGCCGCGUGCAGAACACCACCAUGUCCGAGAAUGAUUUUAAACGCAUGAAGAAACAGCGGCGUAUGCCGCUUGUAAUAUUUCUUUUAAUCUGCUUCGCGUUUUUUGCCGUUGUUGUCGGUCGUUUCGCGCUGGAACCCGAGGAUCGCAGUAUCUCUCCUGGGAAGGAUACGGCCCGUCUCUUCAGCCGUGAGGUAGUGCAGGUGCACGAGGUCAUAGCCCGACUGAGGUCAGAGAAGAACGCUGCCACGGACCCUCUUGUGGAUGAAUAUGAGGUCAAAUUCUUUGAGAAACGGUAUGAGGCUCAGUUAGAGCAUCUUAAGGAGGAGGUGACAGGGGUGAUAGCCAAUAACUCGAAGUUGGUAAGGAAGAUUCCAGCGGAAAAAUAUGGGAUAUCCUUCCCACAUCUGAGUGUGAAAAACCGGCAAGACGUCUGGGAAGCCGCCUUGGAAAUGACUUUUUUCACUGGCAUGAUAUGGACCGUGCAUUUUGCGUUGGAUAACGCCAAUACGGACUCACUCACACGAAUGGUGAAACAGGCGGCUUUGACGGGUGCUGGAGUGAUUGGACUGCUAGAAAGUGACUGUAUGCACUUGGCGAAUGGAAAUCGUGAUAUGGUGGAGUUAUUGUCCUAUUCUCUCGGGUAUAGGUAUACCAGUUAUGGACCUACAGCGCUAGACAACACGUAUGGGUGUGCAUUGAUAUCAAAGUACCCCAUUUUGACUGUGCGACGCUACAUCUCCCCCUCUCCUCAGGGUGAACUCUCUUGUUUGAUCCACGCCGAACUUGAUGUGUUUGGUAUCACGAUCCAGACAUACGUUGGUCACUUUGGGAAUACAGAGCACUGGGGAGAUGGUCUCCUUCAAUCUCAGUUCCUCAGUCGCCUUGUGACUCGUAACCCGGGUCCUUCCGUUUUUCUUGGCUAUGUUGUGUCCUACCCUGGUAACCCAGAACGGUAUCAAUAUUAUGCCUCUCAGACAAAGCCCGGCUACUUCCGUGACACAGCACUCGAGUUAUACCGAAAUCAUGCAUGGCAUCGCAUGAAAGAACGUGGCGGCUACGAUGAGGGCGAGCCGCAGAAGACCACAGUUGCACCUGGUGAGUCGGUUGAUUUUAACGUGGAGUGGAAACUGGAGCGUGUGGGCCAUCUUGAACAGGGCAUGGUGCCGGACGCUUCCUUCCGGCGAACACCAGAGGGCAAGCCGCGACGCUACUUCAAAUUUGACGACACUCAACGCAUUACAACGUACCACCCUCGCUUUGAGUUUAUUGAUAGAUACUGUCAAUAUAUCUUUUACAAGACGGGGGCUGCCGAGGACGAGCGACUAGAGGAUGCCGCAAAGCUUCAGCCACUGCAGCUCUACCUGUACGAUUGGUGGCGAGUGCUUGAGGGGGAGUCGGCAACGCUCUCAGACACGGAGAUUCAGGUGGUGCAGCUUGGAUUUAAGCUCUGA